GGGACCAGGAGGAGGCGACUUCUCGGCCCGCGGCGCCCGGGCGCAGGUGCAGGGCUGGGGCGGCCCGGCCUCGGCCUCGGCGUCAGGAAAUGGCAGCAGGGGCCAGGACCGAGGAGGGCUCUCUGGAUAUCACGCAGAGCGUUGACGAUGACCCACUUCUGGAAGCCCAGCUUCUCCCGAAUCACUCGCUGCAGGCCCACUUCCGACCAAGGUUCCACCCCCUUCCCACCGUCGUCAUCGCAAACCUGCUCCAGGUCAUACAUGUUGUGUUUGUGAUUUUAGCGUUUUUAACUGGUGUGCUUUGCUCGUACCCUGAUCCGAAUGAGGACAAAUGCCCGGGUAACUACACCAACCCACUGAAAGCUCAGACGGUCAUCAUCCUCGGAAAGGUGAUUCUGUGGGUCCUCCAUCUGCUCCUCGAGCGCUACAUCCAGCACCACCACAGCAAAGCCAGACGCCACGGCUAUGGCUGGAUCUACCGGUCCACGCGGCACCUGAAGAGCCUGGCGCUGACGGCGCACUCCGCCGGCAACACCGCGCUUCUCCUCACGCUGAGCCUGCAGCAUUCCUUUCCUGAGCCCAGCAGGGUGUACCUGGACCUCAUUUUGGCCAUCCUGGCCCUGGAACUCCUCUGUUCCCUCACCUGUCUGCUCAUUUACACAGUGAAAAUCCGAAGAUUCAACAAAGCCAAACCACAGCCUGAUGUACUUGAAGAAGAAAAAAUCUACGCAUAUCCCAGAAAUACUACCUCGGAGACUGGAUUCAGGUAA